AUGCAAUCAAAAAUUCAACCUCUUAACAAUACAAUGGCAAAUAUAAUUUGGACAUCAAAAACAGAACUUCAAAAAAAUAUUAAGUUAUUAGAAAGUCCAGAAACAUUAGAUCAAUAUUUUUCAGCAAUUCCAAAAUCACUCACAUCUUUCUUUGAUGCACUUAUAAUGAAUUUAGAAGACAAAUAA